AUGGCAAACCAAGUGAGCCUUAUGGAAUACCUCCAACAUGGCUUUCAACCCAUACCCAUCAUCGACCAAGAACAGUCGAAACAGAACACUCGAAACGACCGUUAUAGGGCUUCCGAUAUUGCUAAUGUGGGCCACUGGUCAACAUUCAGUCUCUCUACGAUCCAGCAGCGGUUUGGAGCAACCUUACAGGCUGCACUGAUUCCAAACGAACCAGUACCACCUUCUCCCUCCAGGGCAAUUAAUUCUGAGGCAGCCGUUCGAUCCCGGCUCGAUGCUUAUCUAACGAACCGGAUCAUACGCUCUCUUCGGUGCGGUUUUACAUAUAUGAGAUCCACGCAACAGCUCUCUGGCCUUACGGUGUUAAAUUACGAUGUUGGAACAAUGGCCCAAAUAAUUGACUGCUACAUACCCGAUAUCGCCUAUUUUGACCCGAGUCUCUCUGCAGAUAUCAGACCAAAUCGCGUUCCUGGAGACAUCAAACCAUCAUACAAGUGGUCACUCGAAAUGAAAACUAGUGACAACCCAAGGACUCGAACAGAAUUCAAACAGGCACUAUCUCAGGUCAAUUUCUACAUGAAACAGCACCAUACACGCUUCAGCUUUAUUCUCACAGAUCGCGAGUUUGUAGCUAUCCGGCGGCUUGAUCGAAACGGAAAUUUAGAACUUUCAGCUUCAAUUCCAUUAACGGUGCAUGGGACAACAUCUGAGCCGAAGUUAACCGCUGUACUUGGAUUAUGGUAUCUUGGUAUGCUUGCGGCUGAUGACCAAAGCUGGUAUCUCCAGUAG